AUGGUAGUUUUGGAUCAGGAAGAUAAUGUGACUGCUUUGCUGGCAGCUGAAUCGAUGAUCGCUGAUCAUUCAGUAGCCCUGGUAGCAGCUAGGCCAGGCUCUGCUCAAAGAUCUCGAGCAGGUGUGGCGGCCAGCAGCAUAGAAUCUGAUGGCAAAAACAUUUGCCCGGUGUGCAAGUUGUUCCGAGAUGCAGUGCAACGGGAUAGGGCCAUGGGCAAGCUGCCUGAGCCAUCGUGCGGAGCUCGUGGUGUGAAGCCUUCAGAACUGCCACGGUUGAGUUCGGCAACAGCAUCCCUGGCAAGUUUUGUAGACCCAGAGUGGUGCUCCGGCAGCUUCCCCUACUUCUGCUUCUCAGAGGCCACUCCUCGCAUGCACUGCUAUCAAAGGCAGCGCUGUUGCUGUCAGGCAGAGGGCAUCCCGACAAUGAGAGAAGUUCUCUUGCACGAGGCAAAGCAUCGAGUUGAGGAUUGGUUUCUCAAUAACCAAUGGCGCCAGAAGCCACCGCCCAACGGCCGGCUAGACUGGCCGAAGGAGUCGGAUGGGAUUCAGCUUCAGAUCACCACCAACAACUACAUUUGUGAUGAUGACGGACGAAUUGAGCCGUGGGAGGGCAUUCAGCUCAAUAAAGAUGAUUCACCCCCGCGGCCAGAUGCGAUUCCUAUUACAUUUGGUAGGUUUGAUGUCAAGGAUGCAGAUGCAAUCGACGUUUUCAAUGCUUUGGCAGACACAAAGAAGCAGACAGAGUGGGAUGAGUUGCUGAUGAAUGGCCCUGGCGUUACGUACCUCGGUGAUUUUGCCAAAGAAAAAGCACGUGGUGCUGCCGUGAGCUUUGUGGCACGGCCAUUCCCAGACCGUCAGGUUUUCCAGUGGAUGGUAUACAACUCCACUCUGGACCACAAAGAAAUGUGGGUUGUCUAUUCGACUCGGCGCAAUGAACUGCUGCACCAACGCGGUGUGGAAAACGAAGGGUGGCCAGCAGUGCAAGCUCAGAAUUGCCUGGGGAGCUACUAUGUCGUAUCCCUUCCACAGGGCGGUUGCCAUGUUGUGUUUUCUACGAUGGUGAACUCUCACCCUCCAUGGCCGAUUACAGCUCAGUUUGUGUUCAAUAUUGCUUGGACGAAAACGGCGGAUUACAUCCAGCACCUGCGACAGCGGGCACAACUGCUGAAGAGAAGGAGGCUUGCGGCGGGUGGGAAGCAUGAGCUUGCAGUGCCUCGGUGGCUGGUUUAUGAUGGAUUGGAGCCCAACCAGACCGAAUCUGGCGAAUUCUUCGUAGCUGACAGCAAGAAGGUUGUUCCACCUUUCCAAGGGCCUGACUAUAUAGCAGACAUCAUCCAAGCAGAUUUGCUGAAGGACUUGAAGGGGCUAGCGCAGCCCAACUCCCCUUUUCCAAUUGUCUCCAUGAUCGCAUUGCUGGUCGCGGCUGCCUUCGGCAUGGCAGUUUGGCGAUGUCGGAAGGGCCACGGUAUGACAGCUUUGGGAGGAACAGAGUUGGAAGAGGGGACGAGUCCACCGUUGCUUGAGUAA